AUGUUUUAUUCUAGGGUAGAAUGGGUGGAAAUAAUCGAGCCCAAGACAAAGGAACAUAUGUAUGCUAACCUCACUACGGGGGAAUGCGUAUGGGACCCACCUGAGGGAGUUAAAGUGAAACGGACAGAUUCUUCCCAGUGGUGGGAACUUUUUGAUAUCAACACACAUAGAUUUUACUACUACAAUGCAUCAACACAGACUACUGUAUGGCACAGGCCAACGGACUGUGAUAUCAUACCAUUGGCAAAGUUGCAGACUUUGAAACAAAACACUGAUCCACUAAAAAGACGGGAAAGUGCCACACAGACCAACCAAGCUGCACCUCAGGCUCCAUCAUUAAUAGAUCCAGUGAGCAGCAAUGGUAACAGCACAGCGGCGAGCGCCAGCAAACUAUCACCCAGCAACGCCAAGAAUGUCUCUCUGCCACAGACCAGUCCGGUGCGGACCAGGCGCGCACAUUACCACCAUAGGAAUAGCGGAGAGAGGCGAGGCAGGCUGAGCGAGGACGGAGCGAGCCAGCUGUGCCGGCACACCGACUCCGGCCGCUCCUCCGACAGCAGCGUCAGCAGUCAGCGUCGCAAGCAGGAGCUGGCGGCGGCUGCGUGCGCGCCGGUGUGCACGCCGCAGCUGCGCAAACGCAGCGGGCCCGCGCCGCCGCUUGAAGCCGACAAGUGGUCGCCGCACGCAGGGUUGAACAGGAGUGGCAGCUUCGUCUCGCCGCGGAAGGACGCCUCGGACGACUCCAUGCACGAAAAGUACUUCAAGUCCGUCGAGAGUACACCGUUGACCAAGCGCAAGUUGAAGCAGCAAUCGGCUGGGUCGUCGUGCGAGUCGGCCUCCCCGCAGAGCCCGAGCAGCCCGCUGCAGAAACCGCAGCCCCAACCCUUCCUACAGACGUCGGCGGCGCGGCCGUCGCUGGUGUCGUCCAUCUCGCUGGCCACGGACGCGGCGGGCGGCUCGCGCGUGCUGCACAGCCUGGAGCGCCCGCACCAGCUGUCAAGACACGCGAGGGAGCGCUACUCCGACAGACACCUGGACAAGGAUCGGCUGGUGGAGUUAGAGCGAACGGAGCGCUUCGACAAGCAGGCUGCGUAUAGUGUGGACAAACCCUUCCGGCAGACCAGUUUAGACCUGCGACAUCACGCGCCCAAUUGGCAUCCGCCGAGGGAGUUUACUAGAAGGCAGCAGGCGGAACCGGAGCGUUACACGUCCAGCAAAAGUUCGUUAUCGUCCGGCAGCAGCAAGCGGCAAGAACCACACCACAACUUCAUGCGGCUCUGCUCGGCCAAUGAGCAAGACAAUAUGGCCGCCGUAAACUACAAGAUGAAAUGUAUCAACCUGGACCCGCCGCUGACGGAGCCCAACGUGCAGAAACACAACCAGAGGCUAGAGAGGUCCACGGCGCCGAGAGAUCGCGCCAAAUCGCGACGUCACAAGAAGCCAGAAGAAGUGGAAGAGUCUCCGUUAGACGCCGACGAAGAAGAUGACGAAGGUUCCCCGCUGUACUGCAACUGGGACCUCCGCGGCAUGCAGCACCUGCUGCCGUUGCAGGAUUACAUCAUCCAGCAGGCCAAGCUGUCCAGGGGCGGUCGGUACGCAGACGGGGCGGGGUCGGGGUCGGGGUCGGACAACGAGUCGGCGUCGUCGCGCUCGCGCUCCGGCUCGGCGGGCUCGCGCUCGCUGUCCGGCCACGAGCCCGACAACGAGUCCAGCGACGGCGGCGCGCGCACGCCCGACGACGACGACGGCUCCGGCGUCUACCUCGCGCACCAGCACGCCGAGUACAUGAACCACGGCGUCGCCUACUACAAUACCUUCCACGAGCCCGACAAGGACUACCACCGGCCUGUAGCGGGCGCAGAGGCGCUGUACAGCCCGGUGCGCGCGCACGCGCCGCGGCCGCCGGAGCAGGACAUCGAGAUCUUCGCCAAGGACCACCUCAACUUCAACAAGGGCAUCUUUAGGAAGAAGGCGUCAGUACGCGACAUGUUAUCAUGGACGUCAUCAGGCAUCAGCGCACCCAUGGUCGGCGCGGACUGGGACAAGGCGCACAAGAAGGCAGCCACCGACCUGUUCAGACUUGUCCAGAUAUACAUGGGCGACCGCAAGGCCCGGCCGGGGAUGACGCUCAACUCCGUCGCCCAGGACUUGCUGCAUGCCACCUUUGCUAAUGAGAAACUGCGAGACGAGCUGUACGUGCAACUAUGUCGGCAAACGACAGAGAACCCGCUGCGAGACUCCCUGCUGCGCGGCUGGGAGCUGCUGGCCGUGUGCCUCGCCUUCGUGCCGCCCUCGUCCGCCUUCCAGCCCGCGCUCACCAACUACGUCAACCGCCACCGCGACCCCGCCUUCGCGGACGCCUUCCCCGAGGUUGGCAAAUGGCCGAUCCACGUGCAAGUGUCUCACUACGCGGGCGUGGCGUGCAAGCGGCUCGAGCGGAUCGGCGUCAGCGGCAAGCGGCAGCCCAGGAAGCCCACCACCGAGGACAUCGACCAGGCGCGGAUCCAAAUAUUCCGACAAUCAAUGUUCGGCAACACGCUAUCCGAAGUAAUGGCGUUACAAAAAGAGCGGUUCCCGAACCGCCAGCUGCCGUGGGUGCAAGUGGCACUCUCGCAGCAAGUGCUAGCGCUGAGCGGGCGCGAAACUGAGGGCAUCUUCAGGGUGUCGGCCGACGUGGACGAGGUGGCCGCGCUCAAGGCCAAGAUUGACAACUGGGAGCUGCCGGACGCCUCCACCCUCACUGAUGCCCACGCACCGGCGAGCCUGCUCAAACUCUGGUACCGGGAACUGUACGAGCCCCUUAUACCGGACGCGCUGUACGCGCCGUGCGUAGCUGCAGGUUCAGACUACGCCGCAUGCUCGAGGGCGCUACAGCGUCUACCGGCGCUGAACCGACUGGUACUAACCUAUCUCAUAAGCUUCCUCCAACAAUUCACCGCUCCCGAAGUAGUAAGUCAAACGAAAAUGGACUCUGCGAACCUCGCUAUGGUGUUCGCGCCCAACUGCCUCCGCUGCACGUCACAAGACCCCAGGGUCAUACUAGAGAACGCGCGGAAGGAGAUGACCUUCCUGAAGACCCUUAUCACGAAUCUGGACACGUCCCAUGUGCAGGACAUGCUGUGACCGAAUCUCAAUAACAAUUACGGGAAUGAUGAUUACUCGUUGCACGGACGUUCGUGGUUUUAGCUAUUUUAGUGAUAAUUCCGAUAUGUAUAAAACUUUACCGAGAUUAUGGCAGUGAUAAUUAACGCAUAUGUAAAAAUAUGCGUUUAUAUUCAGAUUUAAGUAAAUUUGGGAUGCAUUUAGCGACAGUUAAUCCUAUCUAGAUGCGUUAAUAGGAAAGAAAAGUCAAUGUUCUAAACAGUAAACUGCUACAACCACUUGUCGUUUAUUGCAGUAGGUAACAUUUCAAUCUGCCUUAACAUUUAAACUAUUUACUGCGAUUAAAUAUUCCAGUGGUUUCCGAAACCAACUGUAUUUAUUAAUAAUUAUAUUAUGUACUGCACUAAUAAUUACAUCCUUCGGUGAUGCGGUUAGGAAUGUUCGAAAGAAAAUUAGCUUUAAUGAACGUUCGUGCAACGGGUAAUGACCCACAAGGACCUAUACCGCCGAUCUAUUUGCGGCUACAUCUGUCCUUUUUAAAUGCGCAACACUUGAAUAGUGUAUAAAUUGUAAUAGCCCUUUAGAGCACUUAAAGGAGCUUGAAGGAUUACUAGUGCUAACGUGAUGCGCUAAUGUGCCGUUCUGUACAAAAAGAUACCUUCGCUAAUACAAUAACUAAGCAUUUGUGCUCAUAAGGUCCCUUUCCGUACAGAAUAGCACAAAAUAUUAGGGCACUUACCUAAUUCCCAUAAUUAUAUUUGACAUUCUUGUAUAUUGUUUGUAUUUUUGUACGCUAUACGGUAAUUUUAUUUGGUCGUAUCCAAAGAUAUUUAAUGAAAUGUGAUUUUAAUUACAUUAGAAUCUGAGCUUUACAAAAGUGUACGUGCAAUGCGUUCCAGAACGGAACGGGUUGCUUGUUUAUAUUUAGUUUAGUUGUAGAGAGUGAAUGAAUUUAUUUUUACUACAUUAUUUUUAUUAAGUACCAUAAUAAUAAGUUUUGCUAUUGAACGAGGCAGCUAUAUUUUUCAGGACGAAAUAAACGCAUUACAAUUAUGUUAGAUUAAGUAAAUUAA